CUAACACCGGUGUCCUUUCACUUUCGACCGCUAGGUGUGCGUUAGAAUUAGAAUAUGUCAUUUAAAAACCGAAACAUCUUUGCAACUUUACCCCGUACCCAAAGGGGUAUGCCCAUGGUUUUGGGUGGCGACCCUAAGGGAAAAAACAUCCUCUAUGCUAAUGGAAACAGCAUCAUCAUCAGGGAUAUUGAGAACCCAUCUUUUGCUGAUGUGUACACAGAACAUUCUACUCAAACCACUGUGGCCAAAUAUUCUCCAAGUGGCUUUUAUAUAGCUUCUGCUG